UGGAGGUUAGAGUUUGGCAUGUUAGUGUUUUCAUCUUCUGAUGGUAUGACCUACGUGUGACUGGUGUACCGACUGUAAACUUGAUUUAAUCACACCAACGACAGCAACAUCAACAACUGGUCUGGGCAUCUCUCAACAUAGCUCCAAGAAUUUAGGACGCCUGGGAAACCGUUCUGGGUGCAGUGAAUGCCGCUACUAGUCGUACCAUGGACUUUUUUCAGUGUGUGGUCUGUUUUCAUACUUGCUUUGUACUCUUCAGGCCCGCUUGGGCAUGCUCCGAGAAUUUUGUGGCUGACUCAGGCACGUUCACCUCUCCAAACUACCCGAAUGGCUACCAGAACAACUUGAGAUGUACUUUCACCUUGACACCUGUCACCCCCGGGGCUAUGCUUAGACUCGUGUUUGACGACUUCAGCACAGAGAAGGACAGAGAUGGCGUGGAGAUCUACGACAAGAACGAUAAACUAGUGGCCGGCAUCAGUGGUGGCCGGUACAGAUGGGUAGUCAUAGCUACCAUGUCCUACUACAGGGUCGUCUUCAUCUCCGACGGAUCCAUCAUGUAUCCCGGCGUCAGUGCGUUUUGGUCAAUGGCGCCAUCAUCGGAAGCAUUUGACUACCAGGUUGCCAUGGCAACUUCAUGUCCAGUCCAUGGACUGUUUCAACCAAUUCCUCAAAAGAACGGGAUUAGAGUGCUGGAGAUUAUGCUAGAGAUGACCUUCCAUAAAUGUAUGCUUCUGUGUAACGUUUUACCAAAGUGCUCCUUUUUCGAGUUUUAUGUCCCUACAAGCACAUGUUACGCCUAUGAAACGGAAGCAAGUCACACGUACAUGUAUCCUAAACUGUUUGAGAAGGUUACAAGUCCUUAGAGCAAUCAGUGGUGUCCGAAGCAGUGGAGCAUAAACUGUCUGGUGGAAAAGGCACAAACAUCCGUGUUUGAACGCUGCUAGAAUGAAAACAGUCGCAGCAACAUAGCGAAAAAUACCCACCAUACAGCUAUGACACAAAUCAAAUAAAAUAAUCACCAUCGAAAAAACA